AUGGGAACAAAGCUAACGGAUUGCCAAGUAAAACUAUUGGGUAACAAUUAUCAGUUCAAAAUACUUGGAGAUGCAAAUCCAAGACCUAUUCCCGAUGGCCAGUCAUUUCCAUCAAAUGGAAUCGAUGACGAUGCUAGUAAAUUAAACCUUAAUACUUUGAGCAGGUCCGAUAUGACAAUGCUCAUUCCAAAUUUAUUUACCGAGAAAGCUCAAUUCUUGUCCACACAGAUUUCAAUGCAAAAAGAACAUCCAGAUUUUGAAAUACGAGAUGGAAGAGGCGAUGAAAUAUUUUCAAACUUUAAGAGUCACGAAUAUCUCAAUUAG